AUGAAGUUACAGAAGUCCACUUUGCUAGCGUUUGCGCUGUUGGAGUGUGGUAGUGCCGCAGUUGUCGAGCGGGAGGCAAAGGGAGCGGUCAAUUCUAGCUCUUAUGACUUUAUUGUAGUUGGAGGCGGAACUGCAGGUCUCGCCGUCGCUUCACGCAUCAGUAUCGGACUCCCAGAACUCAGCGUCCUUGUCAUAGAAGCUGGACCCGAUGGCCGUCAGGAACCGGGUAUCAGCGUCCCAGGAAGAAAAGGAUCAACUCUUGGUGGCAAAUAUGACUGGAACUUCACCACCAUUGCCCAACCCGGCGCCAACAACCGCGUGUUUGCGCAGAAUCGUGGCAAAGUGCUUGGAGGAUCCUCUGCGCUCAAUCUCAUGACAUGGGACAGGACUUCCGAGUACGAACUGGACGCAUGGGAGAAGCAGCUCGGCAACAAAGGAUGGAACUGGAAGAACUUGUACGCUGCAAUGUUGAAGUGCGAGACAUUCCUACCGUCGCCUGCAUACGGCAGCGAGGGAGUAGGCACAACGGGGCCCAUCCGCACGCUCAUCAACAGGAUCUUUCCCCGUCACCAGUCCUCAUGGUAUCCCACCAUGAAUAGCCUCGGCUUGGCGACAAACCGAGAGAGUCUAAACGGUAACCCCAUCGGCGUCUCGACCCAACCAAGCAACGUCAGCCCCAACUACACUCGCUCUUACGCCCCAGAAUACCUCAAACUCGCCAAGGAUAACCUCGUCUUGAAACUAGACACGCGUGUGGCGAAGAUCAACUUCAAAGGAAAGACUGCCGUCGGUGUCACCCUGGAAGACGGUACAACAAUCACCGCGCGAAAGGAGGUCAUUCUCUCGGCUGGAUCGUUCCAAACUCCUGGUCUUCUGGAACACUCCGGUGUCGGCAACUCUACUCUCCUCAAGAAGCUCGGUAUUCCCGUCGUCAAGCAUUUACCUUCGGUUGGCGAGAACCUCCAAGAUCACAUUCGCAUCCAAAUCUCCUACCAACUGAAGCCCGAAUACCCUUCCUUCGACGUCCUCAAGAACGCCACUCGCGCGGCUGCCGAGCUAGCCCUCUACAACGCGGAUGAGGUCUCACUUUACGACUACACCGCCAGCGGUUACGCAUACUUCCCCUGGGGCACCGUCAGCAACUCCACUGCAUCCACGCUCCGCAACCUCGUUGACAGCGACGCGAGCUUGACGUCCGCAACCGACAAGUUGAAGAAAUCAUACUUCUCCCCCACUCUCAGCACAAAGGUACCUCAACUGGAAGUCAUCUUCUCAGACGGCUACACCGGUCUGAAAGGCUACCCCGCCGCCAACUCCACCCAAUUCGGCAUCGGCACAUUCGCACUAAUCGGCGUGGUUCAACACCCCCUCAGCAAAGGAAACGUCCACAUCUCCUCCCUUAACAUCAGCGACAAACCGCUCAUAAACCCAAAUUACCUCUCCCACCCCUACGACCUCGAAGCCGCGACCAACCUCGCCAAAUACCUGCGUAAGAUCGCUUCUACCGCGCCCAUGAGCGAGGUCUGGACAAAUGAGUACGAACCGGGCAGUGCUGUGCAGACGGAUGCGGAUUGGCGCAAAUAUGCGCUGGCGAAUACGCUGAGUAUUUAUCAUCCUAUUGGUACUGCUGCGCUGCUGCCGGAGAAGGAUGGCGGUGUUGUGGAUGCGGAGUUGAAGGUCUAUGGUACCAAGGGGUUGAGGGUGGUGGAUGCGAGUGUUAUUCCUCUUUUGCCGAGUGCGCAUCUGCAGACGCUUGUUUAUGGGAUUGCGGAGAGGGCUGCGGAGAUGAUUGUGGGGGAGCAUAGUUAG